UCCCUAGCUUCUUUGCGAUACUUGUGCACCACUAAACUACUAUUAUCGACUGUCGUUGUCAAAACGACAUAGAUCGACACAACGCCUUUGAAAGCAUUCUUUCGCUUUGCACCAUACAUGUUCGCGACAUUGCUAGACUUGGAGAGAUAAUCAUGUCACCCAUGCCCCCAGAUAUGCUAGCAUAUCACAUCAACCAAAACAUAUUACCACGCCCUCCAUCCUCUAGAACUCCUCUCCAGCCAGUGCAAAUCAACACCUCGCAAACCAAAGAAACCACCACGUACCUAAGUCCAGUCCACCUCCGCACAUCACACACCACAGGACGCAAUCACUUCCCCAUACCCCAAAUCCAAGGCGUAGUCCCCGGCUUCCGCCGCGCUCACCACAGCGCUCAGUCCUCACAUUCACUCUCCUUCCCUACCCCAACAACCCGCGAUAUCCUCCAAACGAUCAACUCAACCAACUCAUUACCCAUACCAGAAACAACAACCCAACCCCCAGAUCUACCAAAAACCCAAUCAUCAUCCUACCCACGCCCCUCACCCCCAAACUUCCUCCACCCCUUCUCCAUUGUCCCGUACACAACUCUCCUUUCCACCACCAAUUACAUCACAGCCACAGAAAACGCCAUGUCAGACUCGCCACACAUCUCCCUCGCAACCAUACUCCCUCUGGGCCUCAAACUCGUCUUUUUGGGUACCCUCUGUGCCGCGGCGCUAGGUUUCGCGUGGACGGUAAUGGUAUGCUGUGUGGUUUGUUUUCCGCAGCGUCGCGAAGCGGAGCUGAGCGUUGAAGAAGGAGCGUGGCGUAGCAGCGAAGUACGGCGUAGCAGCAACAAUCGAACGCAGCAUAGCAUCAAGCCUCAACCAGAAAAAGAAGGGAUGAGGGACGUAGCAAACAACCCUUUCGCCGACCUUGCAAAUACGAAUGGAGAUAGCGACAGAAGUGGUGCGGUGAGUUCGGGUCUAGACAUACCGGCUACACCGCGGUAUCGUAGGCAGAAUAACGCAUCGCUCGUUUCGCCACGAGAUCCUUUUUUGGAUCCGCCUGUAGAGGAGGAGGAGGGUGGGGUGCGUGUGGAGAGGACGGAGAGGGAGUGGGAGAGGGCGCGGGCGGAGUUUUUCGGAGAGGGGAUUGCUGGGGAUGAGAUAGAGAUGAGGGAUUUGUCUGGGGUGCAGGUAGAACCGGUGCGAAAGAGGAAUAGUGGGCGGAGUAGGAUUGCAGCGGUUGUGAAACGAGGGUUUGAGAUGCUGGAUGAGGGGGUGGGUAUGGUGGAUGGGGUUGUGGAUGAUGUGGUUGCUGCAGUGGCGAGGUGGACGGAUGAUGAGGGAUAGUAGGAUGAAAGAUAGAAGGUGGGAAAGGGAAAAUGGCAGACAUGACUAGGAGAGCAUGGA